CUGUCCCCUCUGACUGGAUUCUGGUAUCCUAACCCUGGAUUCUGGCCACACUCAGAAUUAGCACCUAGGGCUUGGUAGCUCUAAGUCCAAAUUCCCAUGAGAAGAUCUGAUUGGCUCUGAGGGAGUUAGUUGCUACUCUGAAUCACUCACCUUUAAUCUGGGAGGGAUCACAAAGUUAGACAUGAACGAGGCUCCUGGAACCUCCUUGGGUGUGUGUGUGUGGGGGGUCACUGUUAGCCAGACCCUGUCAUCACAUUUCUUCCCCCAGGAAGCCUGCCCUGAUUGCCUUUACCUCCUUUUCUGAAAAUUGGUAUCUCAGCAGAAGUGAAGCUUUGUGCAGAUUCCCUAGGGGGUGUGCUGUUGAGAGAGCACAGCCCCUUGUGAUGCGGAGCACCACACUCAGACUCAGCAGCUUGAAUUACCUGAAGCCCCGUCAUCCCAGGGACCAUGUUUAACGGGGAGCCUGGUCCAGCCUCGGCUGGGGCCUCCAGGAAUGUCAUAAGGAGCUCCAGCAUCAGCGGUGAGAUCUGUGGAUCCCAGCAAGCCGGAGGUGGGGCCGGGACCACCACAGCCAAGAAACGGCGAAGCAGCCUGGGUGCCAAGAUGGUGGCUAUCGUUGGUCUGACCCAGUGGAGCAAAAGCACACUGCAGCUCCCCCAGCCUGAAGGGGCCACUAAGAAGCCUCGAAGCAACGUCCGACGGAGCACAGAGACCGGCAUUGCUGUGGAGAUGCGGAGCCGUGUGACCCGCCAGGGCAGCCGGGAGUCUACCGACGGGAGUACCAACAGCAACAGCUCCGAGGGCACGUUUAUUUUUCCCACACGGCUUGGAGCCGAAAGCCAGUUCAGUGACUUUCUGGAUGGCCUGGGACCAGCCCAGAUUGUGGGGCGACAGACACUGGCCACACCCCCCAUGGGAGAUGUGCACAUUGCCAUCAUGGACCGGAGUGGCCAGCUGGAGGUAGAAGUGAUUGAAGCUCGGGGCCUGACCCCCAAACCAGGCUCCAAAUCCCUCCCAGCCACCUAUAUCAAGGCUUACCUGCUGGAGAAUGGGGCAUGCGUCGCCAAGAAAAAGACAAAGGUGGCCAAGAAGACUUGCGAUCCCUUGUACCAGCAAGCUUUGCUCUUUGAUGAGGGGCCCCAAGGCAAGGUUCUGCAGGUGAUCGUCUGGGGAGACUACGGCCGUAUGGACCACAAGUGCUUCAUGGGUAUGGCCCAGAUCAUGCUGGACGAGCUGGACCUGAGUGCCGUGGUCACUGGCUGGUACAAACUCUUCCCCACAUCCUCUGUGGCCGAUUCCACACUCGGAUCCCUCACCAGGCGCCUGUCUCAGUCCUCUUUGGAGAGUGCCACCAGCCCCUCGUGCUCCUAAGGACCUCGAUGAGGACAAGAAGCCAGGGGAUGUUGGGGGAUGGGAGUCUGCUGGCCCCACCACCCCUGUACAUAGUCUCCAUGUCCUUCCGGACCCCUUAUCCUGCUGCAUGCCUGUUGGCCACUGGGCUUGUCCCAGCUGGCAGUGGAGACUGUAGUGUGUGUCUGUGUGUAUGUGUGUGUGUGUUUGUGUUUGUGUGUGUGUGUCCAUAUAUCUGUCCAUUUGUCUGUGUACAAUCAGUCCUGGUGAUCACAUGGACUAUAUAGUCCACGUCUCUGUAUCUUGCUGGAAAGAACCCAGAGGAGCAUCAUUCGGA